CAGAUUAUCGGACCAAACCAUUGCUGCGCUUCAGGUUUUAACACCUGUCACAUGAGGCUUUACAUUCGCAAAUCGCCGGCUAUCGCUGCAGCUAAGCGAGUUCAGUUUGCCACACUGCAGACGGACAUCGGACUCUGCCGUCCUGCAAAUGCUGCCACAGUGCAGCUCUCAGUGAGAUGAGCUUCCCAAAUUGCACCGACACCCCCAUUGUGCGACUGGCAGCAUCACCCACUGCCUGCAAUGCAAUGGCGUUAUAGCGGCUCUAGUUAUGUCCAAACGUUUCUAGUGGCGAUUCCGAUCCGGGCUGGCUUUUUACGGGCUCGGAAUAGAAAUGUUAUUUUCGAUAGCUUUUGCAAGCAGACCAUCCGCAUUUCUCGCAAGUUUCCCCUCUGGAUUACAGUUUAUGUGUGCGGCGCGUCCAGCGAAGCCGGAGCCAUGAAUGUAUGAAUGGGCCUAACGGAACUAUAACAACAGCUGGAUCAGACCGAGUGGCACUACUAGUAGAACAAGAUACCUCACUUCGGUGCUCUAAUGCGGCCAAGGCAAUGCUGACAUCUCCUCUGAAUCCAAAGGCAUCAUCAUGCUGAAAACGGAGGCCUCGGGGGAGAGGACCAGCCUCCGGAGUGCCUCCCCCCACCGUAACGCCUACCGGGCUGAGUUUCAGGCACUCAAGAAGGCCUUUGACCAGCCUCGGCUCGAUGGAGACUCAAAGCCCAAAGACCUCGAGCGGGUGAAACAACCGAGGGGACGCCAGUAUGGCACACACGUCAGUCGCAUUAAGGACAUGUUCAUGCAAAUGGGGUCAGAGAAUGCAGCUGCUAAGACUAGGGGUCGUGAUGAAUCCUCACCACAAAAGCUGGUGAAGCCCACAAACUUCGUCAAUAAGGCUGAUGGAUCAGUGAUAAAACUUCAGCAUUCCUCAUCAGCAGAAAGGAUUGGAGGUGCCGGGGCAAAGUUUUCCGAAACCAGAAAGCUAUUUGAACAACAGUCACGCGACCAGUCCCAAUCACCAGUCUUUCCCUACGGCCGUGAUAAAAGGGGUUCCCAUGAGCACCUCGAUGACUGGCGAGGGGCGAGGUCCAACCGAGGCAGUACAGACUCCUUGGAUUCUCUGUGCUCCAGGACAGAGGCAUCCUCCCCAACUGUCAGCCAACUCAGUGCUGUUUUUGAAAACGCUGACCACCACAACCAGGGGGUUUCAUAUAGAGGAGUCAGCAGACGAGCCCUCUACUCACCUGACGGAUUCCAGCGCCAUGGCGGAGACGUCAGUGAGGAUGAUUCUCUUCGACAAUCUCCAGUUCGUGGAACCUACCGGAACAGGAUAGGGGGCAAGUUACCCACAUCCUCGUCUUCGGAGGACCUCCUGAGCCCGAGUCCUGGAGUAGAGAUUUCAGAGCGCAAACAAGAUGCUCCACAAAAGGAAGAAACCCAAGACAAAGCUGGAGAGGCUACAGUGGGAGAAGGACAGCGUUUUUCUGGUGCUUCCACCAAUGGAAACCAGAUUAAUGGUUCUUGUGAAGAAGAGGAGAAACCGCAGGACACAACAAAACAAACUGAGGAUCUAGGAACCUCCAAAUCCUCGAAACCUACACAUGGUGCUGUAAUUACAAACAAAGCUUUAGAGGAUACCACUCACGAGUUGCUGCCGACCACCAGGGAAAGCCAAGAGGACAGAGAUGCUUCAAAGGAAGAAAAAUCUUCCAAGGACCAGCUGGACGAGCCUGAUGAGGAAUACACUGGGAAUGAGCGGGUGAUUUUUAACGCAGAUGGGGACGCCUGUUACCAGGGUUGGGGGGAAAGUUGCACGGAUCCCGAGGAUGACCUCUACGGUGACGAUGACGAGGACAUCGUCUACGACCCGGGGUCCGAUCUGACAGAGAUUCCUGGUCUGGCGGAAGAAAACAAAGAGGACAUCCCUCCGAAGAGGAAGAUUCGCUUCAGCAGUGCUCCUAUUACAGUGUUUAACACCUACUCCAAUGAAGACUAUGACCGACGUAAUGAGGAGGUGGAUCCCGUGGCCUCCUCUGCUGAGUAUGAGCUGGAGAAGAGGGUGGAGAAACUGGAGCUCUUCCCUGUGGAGCUAGAGAAAGAUGAAGACGGCCUGGGGAUCAGUAUCAUCGGGAUGGGUGUUGGUGCUGAUGCAGGCCUGGAGAAACUGGGCAUCUUUGUUAAGACUGUCAUUGAGGGUGGAGCUGCGGAGAGAGAUAGCAGAAUCAAAGUGAAUGACCAGAUCGUGGAGGUGGAUGGGACCAGUUUGGUGGGCGUCACUCAGAGCUUUGCUGCCUCAGUCCUCAGGAACACAUCAGGAGUCGUCCGGUUUGUGAUCGGCCGGGAGCGUCCAGGUCAGCAGAGUGAGGUGGCCACGCUCAUCCAGCAGACCCUGGAGCAGGAAAGGAGACAGAGAGAACUACUAGAGCAGCAGUACGCCCACUAUGACGCCGAUGAUGAUGAGCAGACGGGAGAAUACGCCACAGACGAGGAGGAGGCAGGAACAACAGUGGCGGGAGGAGAGAAGAGCAUCGAAGUGUUUGACUUACCGGAGACGGAGGAUAUCUUGUCUCCGUCGGAGCUGGACGCCACUAAACUCUACCAGAAGUUCAGAGAGCUCCAAAUCAAACACACGGUGACCGAGGCCGAGAUCCAGAAACUGAAAAACAAGCUGGCAUCAGUGGAGCGGGAAAAGCAGCGCUGGGAGAAGGAGAAGAGCCAGCUGAAGGCCAGCAUCGAGGAGAACAAGGAAAGGAUGUUGAAGCUGGAGAGCUACUGGAUCGAGGCGCAGACGCUCUGCCACACCGUCAAUGAACACCUGAAGGAGGCCCAGGCCCAGUACCAGGCUCUGGAGAAGAAGUACAACAAAGCCAAGAAGCUCAUCAAAGACUUCCAGCAGAAAGAGGUGGAGUUCAUCCAGAAGGAGGAUGCAGAGAGGAGGCGGCUGGAGGAGGCUGAGAAAGCUCACCUGGCUGAGAUCCAGGGACUGCAAGUCAGGAUUGCAACCUUAGAGUCGGAGCUAAUGCAGCUGAUGAAGCAGAACGGUAUCCAGGUCAACAACAACAACAGCAGCAGUUCUGAGAGGCUCAGCGCUCAACAGCACAGCCCGAGCCGAGCUGCAACACAAGCCAGAGACACGAAGGAGGGCUCUCCCCACUCACCCAGCAAAAUAAAGGGCUACGGAGGAGUUCCCAGAGACAGCAUCUGCUCCACAGACGAGAUCUCUGAAGGUCGUGGAAGUCAAUCCCACAGCCACUCUGGUCCGUUUCGUAGUGUGGCCUCUUGCGAUGGAGGAGUUCCAGCACUUAGGGUCCAGGCCAGUCCAGAGGGCUCCCCCAGAAAAACACUCCACGGUUCUCAGUCUCCGAGCCCCUCUCAGAGUUUGGAGGAGCAGAGACCAGCUCUGGACCCUGGGAAAACCAAAGUGAAGGACAAAGAUCCCAGAGCUUCACCUGGAAACAGCUCCACAGAGCCGUCAGCAGAGAACAGUCCAGAGUACCUCAAGGCCAAGGCACCCACUUUGUGCGAUGAUCUGAGUGCCAGCAGCAGCAGCUCAGUAGAGAUCAGCGGUCUGCUCAGUGAAGCCAAGAUGUCAGGACGCUCACACACGCUGGUGCUGUCCUCAGAUGAGAGUCUGGAUAUGAUAGAUGAUGAGAUGCUAGACGAGGGGCAGUUUUCAAAGCAGUACCAGUGGCAGAACCGCAGCAUUACCGAAUGGACUUCACAGCAAGUGGCCCACUGGCUUAUGGGCCUAAAAUUAGAGCACCAUAUUCUAGAAUUCACUGCCAAAAAUAUAGAUGGAGUGCAGCUGCUUCAGCUGAAUAGUGCUGAGCUCAAGGCUCUUGGGGUCACUUCUUCCCAGGAUCGAACACUGAUCAAGAAGAAGAUCAAAGACCUCAAAGUUAUGAUGGAAAAGGCCAAGAGGAACCAAGAAAAGAUGGAGAAACAGCGCGAAAAGCUGCGGAAGAGAGAGCUGGAGCAGCAGCAGAAAGAUGCACGUAAAGAAAGUGCGGCGGAGUGAAACGAGCCCCCAGAUUACCUCCCGCUUUACUGUAGCACCACAUCAAGUAGCAUCUCGCAGAACAGAACGUCAGCAGGCCCCACAAACAAAACCCGAGGGACGCCCGCUCAGUAGUUCAGUAGUUCUGAAAGGUGGAGCUCCACACCCAGCUGCCAGUUGUUGUUGAGUGACCUUUUCACCAACCAAACGAAACCAAAAGGAUCAGUUGGAUAACAGAAUGGUGCCCUUCAUUUGCUUCAUUUUACACCCAUCCUGUGUUUUUAGCCAGAAUUUAUGGAUUCUGUUUUGCUGUUUAUAGCUGUAAAUUGGUUUUAUUUAUUCAUAUCCAGAGUGCGCCUGUGAAAAGUUUAUCUCUGUAACCUACCACAUCAUCUCCAGAGACUUCUCUUACCCAUCAUAGCACCUUUAGACAUAGACAUGUACAGUGAUAAAUAAGGAUGUAGAUGAUGUGCCAUUUCAAUAGACUUAUGUAUAUCCUGCUCAAAUCUAAAGAUCAGCGGAAUCUCUUUAUGGCUUUUACGAAGCACAUACAGUUCAGGUCUUUGUGUUGGAUUACAUGAGGCAGUGUUCAUCUCCCACCACCAGGUGUCCCCAUGCUGCUUACUUUCACUACUGAAUAAGGCAACACUGGAACUUCCCUAAAGGAAUUGAACUGGAAAUUAAAGGUUC